CCUGCCUGUAAUUUUUCAUUUUGGUGGUGGUGAACAAAAGAUUCUAAAACUGUUAUUUGUAGGUGAGAUCUGAGUCAUUCAGUAGUUAGUACAUAGUGGACGUGAUAUACAUUUACAUCUACAAAUAUGUUCAUUUGGGAUUGGUUUGCAGGAGUUUUAAAUUACCUUGGUCUCUGGAAAAAGAGUGGUAAGCUCUUAUUUCUUGGUUUAGAUAAUGCAGGCAAAACCACAUUACUUCACAUGCUCAAAGAUGACCGACUAGCUCAACAUGUGCCUACAUUGCAUCCAACAUCGGAAGAACUUUCUAUUGGAAAUAUGAGGUUCACAACAUUUGAUCUUGGAGGGCAUCCUCAAGCACGAAGAGUUUGGAAAGACUAUUUUCCAGCAGUGGAUGCAAUAGUAUUUCUUGUUGAUGCAAGUGACAGAUCACGGUUACCAGAAUCAAAAACUGAAUUUGAUGCACUUUUAACUGAUGAACAACUUAGUGCAUGUCCAGUUUUAGUACUAGGAAAUAAAAUUGAUAAACCAGGUGCAGCUUCUGAGGAUGAACUUAGAAAUUACUUUAGCCUUUAUGGUCAGACAACAGGAAAGGGAAAAAUUUCUCGUAGCGAAAUAGCCGGUCGUCCAUUGGAAUUAUUCAUGUGCUCAGUGCUGAAAAGACAAGGGUAUGGUGAAGGCUUCCGCUGGCUUGCUCAGUACAUUGACUGAAUGCAUAUGUUAAUUUAAAUACUCAGAUUUGACAGUUUAUUACAUUUCCUUUUCCUCUGAUUCAUAUUGGAUGUCAGUACAGAGGUGUAUUAUCCUUUAUGUGAAUUGUGCAGUAGGAAAGGAAUAUCAAUGCAUGAACUGUAAUAACAGAUUCAGAACAGUGCAAACAAGUAAAGAAAAUAUUUAAAAAAAUACAAUAUGACAAACGUGGUAGGACUAAUUUCUUUUAUUUUAAUACGUGGAGCCUACAAUAACCUUCUACAUGAAUUUUUCAAAUUCC